AAAUAUUAACCAAUAAUAUCCUAGCCUUCAUUUCACUAUCUAAUAAAAUCCAGAUGGUUACACUCAAGUCUCGCCCAACUGAAGAUUCUGUUUUCUUGAACAACAGUGCGGAAGUCCUAGCUGUUUUAUGGAGAGCUGAGCUGGAUGUAAACAGAAUCCUUGAUGAUGAUGAAGACCAUGCUGCUGCUGAUCUCGGUACUCCUAACUCAGGCUCUUCAGUCCCAGGGCAGACCAGCCACCCAAGAUGAGGAUGGAUUGGAUUUCUCAAAAAAUGAUGAUGAAGCAAUGGCGCCCUACUGGACUCAUCCUGAGAAGAUGAAGAAGCUAUACAUGGUUCAAAUCAGUCAUAACGUAAUGUUCUAUUGCCAGGCCAAAGGUAACCCUACACCAACGCUCAAGUGGCUCAAGAACGGCAAAGAGUUUACGCGAAAAGGAGCUUUUGGGGUUCUAGUGCACAUGUGGAUCGUCAUAAUGACAUCGGUGGGACCGUCAGACAAAGGCAACUACACCUGCCUGGCGGAAAACAAAUACGGCAGCAUCAAUCACACCUACCAGCUCGAUAUAGUUGAGCGUUCACCGGACAGGCCGAUCCUUCAGGCCGGGUUUCCUGCUAACCGUACAGCAAUAGUGGGUAGUGACGUGGAGUUUGAUUGUAAAGCCUACAGCAGUGAUCUUCUGAUUCAGAUUCACUGGCUGAAACACGUCGCGGAGAACGGCAGCAGAGUAGACACUAGUGGAUCACGUGUUCAGAUCUUGAAGACGGCAGUCAUCAACACUACAGUUAAGGAGAUGGAGGUACUGCAGAUCAGGAAUGUGUCUUUAGAGGAUGCUGGAGAGUACACCUGCUUGGCUGGGAACUCUAUCAUCGACGUCUCCCGCCAGUCUGCAUGGUUGACUGUCUAUGAAGUGCCCAGUGCCCAGGACAUGAUUCCAGCAUCAUCCUCCAGUCCAGCUGGGCUGGUCCUAUGCCUGUCUUCUGUACUGUUACCUGCCCUGUUACUGGUGUUUUCCCCCUUAUGUGAGUUGUCUCCGUGUGUCAUCCGUUCCACGCCUGCCCACAUCUACGAAUCCUGGAGAGAAGAUCAAGACAAGUAUCACUGCCUUGAUAGCCAUCUGCUAAGAACUUUAUCUGCAUUCACUUACCUGCACUCUGCUAUAACUCUCUGGUUGUUCAAUAAACAUCAUAUACGUUUUACCUGUGUCUCCGUCCCCUUCUGUGUGUAACAACGAUAUGUGAAUCCAUCAUUUUAUGAGCAACUGGUGAUAAAGAAAAAUGGCAUGUCACAAUAUUGAAAAGAUUUCCAUUUUAAACCACGAAGGUGAACUAGUGGAUAUCACACAAACAAUGUGAAAACUUUGCAU